UCUGGGGUCGCCUGGCCGUCCGCCCCGAGCAGGGAACCGAGCUCGGCCGCUGCCGUGGACCUGGGCACCUGGCGGCGACGCCGGCGGAAGCCCGGGCAGAGCUGUCAUCAGGUGCGAGGUGCAGCUCCGGGUGGUGGGUGCGCGCAGACCCCCGUCCCUGCACGCCUCGCCUUCACGCCUGCCCCCGUGGCUGCCCAGGUGACGUCCGGCCCUGCCGUCCGCUGGCCAUGGAGUUCCCGGACUUGGGGAAGCACUGCUCCGAGAAGACGUGCAGGCGGCUGGACUUCCUCCCGCUGAGGUGCAGCGAGUGCCACCGAGACUUCUGUAAAGACCAUGUCACAUGCGCUGCACACAGCUGCCCCCUGGCCUUCCAGAAGGAUGUCCGUGUCCCUGUGUGUCCACUUUGCCACGUCCCUGUCCCAGUGAGAAGGGGGCAGGUGGCGGAUGUGGUGGUCGGCGAGCACAUGGAUGGAGGCUGCAGGUCGCGCCCUGGGAAGAGUGGGGAGAAGGUUUUCACGUUCCGCUGCUCGAGAGAGGGCUGCAAGAGGAAGGAGCUGCUGCCUGUGGCGUGUGCCCAAUGUCGGGCCCACUUCUGCAUCCGGCACAGACACCCCCUGGACCACCACUGUGGCCGCCCUGCCGUCUCGGCCUGCUGAGGGGACACCUGGUAUCAGGCCCACUUCUACAUCCGGCACAGACACCCCCUGGACCACCGCUGUGGCAGGCCUGCCGUCUCGGCCUGCUGAGGAGACAUGGCCCUGGUCAGGCUGGGGCAGGCUCCUAGCUCAGCCCUGACUGCGAGUCCUUGCUGUCAGGGUCUGGCUGCCCCCAGCCCUGCACAUCAGCUGGCUGAAGACAAGGGUGGCAUCUGUGGGUCGCUGGCCCUGCUCUGAGGGCUUUGCUGGGACCCCUGGUUGCUGGCUUGUGGGCGGCCUCUCCGUGUGGUGUCCCUGAUGCAUGUCUAGGGCUGACUGCCCAGCGAUGGCUCCUGGCCCUUGGCCCUGGUGUGACAGCAGGUCACAGGGACA